GUUGGCUGUGGAAGUUUAGCAAACAAAACAAGAAUGGUUCUUGAAACCAUUUUAUCUCCUCAAAGGAGGUCAGCGUCAUUCAAGAGGCAAUUUCCUCGAGAUGAAUUGGGAAGUUGGUCAACACUCCUCCAGAGGCAUCGUUUCCUCUUGACAGCACUGGCCCUCUUGGGAUUUCUUUGUACUGUAUAUCUCUAUUUUGCUGUCACUCUAGGUGCCACAGAGUCAUGUACCGGAUUAACUGGAGCUCAGAGAGCUCAAUGUCAAUUAGAGCAUGUGAAGACCUCUGUCUCAAAGGGCAAACUGAAAUUUUUUUAGCAUAUAGUUCACAACCCAACUCAUUGUUUUUUAUGUUAAAUUUCAAUUUUGGGAGGGUCGGAAAAUUGAAGAAUGUUAUGUGGUCACAUUAAAUUGUGGUUCAACUUGGUGGUGUUUAUGAUUGAUUGUAUAAGAAUUUGUUUUGGAAGUUGUAGUCUAUAUAUCAAUGAUUAUUUUUUGUGGUUUUGGUAA